AAAAACUUUCUUUUUUUUCACCUCAAUUUCUCUCUCCUCAAUUUUUUUUUCUUUCUAUAAAUACAGCAACAUAACCCACCGCUCCCUCAUUACACCUUUCUAAAAUUCACCGCCACAGAAUAUCUUCAUUGCUAGUAUUCACAAUGGAAGAUCCAAACCUAAAUUUUCCCGAAGAUUUCUUAAUCGAUCCAAUGAUCAAGAAAAGAACCGGAAAGCGGAAGAUUGAAAUGAAGCCUAUCAUCAGCAAAACAAGCAGACAAGUUACAUUUACAAAGCGGCGAGGCGGGUUGUUUAAGAAGGCGAGUGAGUUAUGUUCUUUAUGCGGUUCCGAGGUUGCUGUUAUCACUUUCUCCGGCGCUGGGAAACUCUACUCGUUCGGUCACCCGAAUGCCGACGCGAUUGUUAAUCGCUAUAUUAAUUAUACGGCGGGAAUAAAUGGCGGUAAUGAGAAUGAGAAUAAUUACUUUGGUACAGGUGUAGUUUCGGAGCAGUAUAAGAGGGUUUUAAGUAAUAUUGAGGUUGAGAAGAAAAGGACUGAUCAUGGUUCGUUAUCGUCCAAUGGGAGUAGUACACGUGGUGAUAAUAGCGAGUUCGGGUUUUGGUGGGAUAAGCCCAUUGAUAAUUUAGGGCUUUCGGAGCUUGAACAAUUGAAGGUUUCUCUUGAGGGUUUACGUGAUCAAGUUUCUUUAAGGGUUAAUUCGAUUAAUAAUAAUAUUAUUUGUUCUUCCAAUUCGAGUAGUCAAUUUUCUGACUUGGUUUUGAUCGAAGAUAAUUAAUUAGGGUUUUAUGUAAGAUUGCUAGUAGUAUUACUAUUAGUUAUUUAG